CAGAGGCGUCGACGACGCCGCCGUAGACGACGUUCCUCAGUCUUCGGGGUGGGCUCGGCGGCGCAGAGGCCUCGGGUUGUGCGGGGUGGGUGCCGGCUCCGCGGGCUUGCACAGAGGCCUGGGCCGGCCGCCGGGCUCCUUGUCCCCGGGCCUGUCGACGACGACGCUCCCGCGGGGGCCCCGCUUAAGGAGGACGCGGCGGCGGCGGCCAGGCCGCGGGAGGCCGCGGAGGAUGGAGGAGCGAAAGGAGGAGGGCGAGGCGGAGAUCCAGGAGCACGGGCCGGAGCACUGGUUCUCCAAGUGGGAGCGGCAGUGCCUAGCGGAGGCCGAGCAGGACGAGCAGCUGUCCCCCGAGCUGCAGGAGGAGGCGGCGGCCGCCGCGCAGCCCGAACACAAGCAGCAGAAGCUGUGGCAUCUCUUCCAGAACUCGGCCACGGCAGUGGCUCAGCUCUACAAAGAUCGAGUAUGUCAGCAGCCAGGACUUUCUCUCUGGGUCCCUUUCCAAAACGCAGCCACCGCAGUCACCAACCUCUAUAAAGAAAGUGUGGAUACCCAUCAGCGAAGUUUUGAUAUUGGAAUUCAGAUUGGCUAUCAGCGACGAAAUAAGGAUGUGCUGGCCUGGGUUAAAAAGCGCAGAAGAACUAUUCGUAGAGAAGAUUUGAUCAGCUUCCUAUGUGGAAAGGUUCCUCCACCACGAAACUCUAGAGCUCCCCCAAGACUGACUGUAGUGUCCCCUAACAGAGCUACUUCAACGGAAACUAGCUCAUCUGUAGAGACUGAUUUGCAACCCUUCCGGGAAGCCAUAGCUCUGCAUGGUCUUAGUGGUGCAAUGGCUAGUAUAAGCGUGCGUUCGAGUACCCCAGGCUCUCCUACACAUGUAAGCAGUGGACCGAAUGCUAGUCGAAGGAGAAAUGGACUCCAUGAUGUCGAUUUGAACACUUUCAUAACAGAAGAAAUGGCACUCCACUUGGACAAUGGUGGAACUAGAAAGCGUACCUCAGCCCAGUGUGGCGAUGUCAUUACAGACUCACCAACCCAUAAACGCAACAGAAUGCUCUAAACUGCAGACACUUUCACACCCACCAUGCUGCUUGAAAGCCACUCGAUCCUCAACAUAUACUAUUACUGCAAAGGAAACAUGAGGCCAUCUUCCCUUGUUCACUGUUUAAGAAAAGUGAAUUCUCUAGUGGUUGCCAUAAAAGGAAGUUCUAGGUAUUUACAGUAGAUGCCUCCUGUAACUAUGGCUUUCUCAAACUAUAAUCCUAGCAGAGGACAUGAAAUAUUGUAGUCAUUAGCAAGAUCAUCAUAGGCAAACAUAUAUCCGUUCCAAGGCGAAAAGUGACCUUAACUGUAUUUAUUCUCAAAGGGAAAGGAAAUAUCAGAUGUUUAUUUGGUUAUAGAAUGCUUUCUUAUUUUUAUUUUUUGGUCCAUUUCCUGCUGUGUUGAGUAUUUUUACUUAAACAGUAUUGCCAGGUUCCUACAAUUGUCUAAAACCUUGAUCUGGCUUGCAAGCCAGGUCUGCAGGCUUCCAUUUUUGCAGCCACACUGAACCCACACACCUGGUUUCCAUAGUGAUAGCGUGCAAUUUCUGAUUAUCAGAUUAUGCCCAGUUUUCAGUUUUCAAUCAGUUGUAACUGGUGACUGUGAGAUGUAAAGAGGUGCUAUGGUGGUCAUGCAGACAGUACACAAUACUGAGUCAGUACACAGGACUCUUAUGGAAUCACUCUGUGUGGUAGUGCUCUGAAAAUAGCAAUAGUAAACUGUCCCCACAAUACCCCUGUAGGCUUCAACUCAGUUUUAAGACAAGUACUACUUCCUAUGCCGGGUACUUUACUUAUGGUUAAACACAGACUGCAUUCAAAGUGACCUGGAAAACAGGUCAUGAUCUUUGAGAGUGGGCUUCCUUUUUGGUUUGGUAGUAGUGAGAGGAAAUGGACGGUGGGAGUAGAUAUUUAUUCUUUAGGUUUUUUUUUUUUUUUAAGCAUUUUUAUGGAUGCCCUACUGUGUGUAGUUGUCAUAGUAGGUGGAAGAUGAUAAAUGUUUUAUCUGCUACUAAUGUGAAAGUAACUUAAAUAGCAAAACCCAACUUUUCCUGUCCCUCCAUUUCUCUCAGAAAUGCAGUUUGGAAUUUCAUUCUGGAAAAGAUGAGAUCGCAUGGAGGUUCUCUAGAUGUUAGGUAGACCCAAGUAAAAGCUCUUAGAGUCUUCUUUGGGUAAAUUUAAGACCUCUUGUAGCUACAAACAUUUUAGAGCAUGUUUCAUCUGCAUUUUUACUACCUUGAACUGAAUGGUAGUCUUUUUUAGAAGACUGAUGUCAGCCUGCCAGGUACUGUAAUUCAUCCUAUCCUAUUAUAUUAUAUAUCAAGUAGGACAGUGAAAAUGUUUCCUUGCAAACUUGUAGUCCAGUUUCAGUUUCUUCUAUUUUUAUCCUUAGUAACCAUUGCAAAUCAGUGUAAGGGUUUUUCUGGUAAUUACAGCACUUUGUUAAAAGUUUGCAAUUUUGUCAGCCAUUAAUAAUAACCUUUCUGUGAAGAAACCUUACUAAGUUAACCAUUACUGACUGAGUGGGAUGUGAAUGGAAUGUUAGAAAUGUUGUGUGAAUUGAAGUUCUGUACUCAUAGAUAUAGCCCUUAUUUAAAACAGUGAACUCCGUGUUCAGACUAGGAAGGAAAGUAAGGUAUUUCUCAGUUUUUGCAAAAGUGGAGCUUUGUUUUAUUUGAAAAGCAGGAAGAAUUAUAGCAAUCUGUCAUUUUACCUUAAAUGGACGACCCUGUGCAUCACAAGGACUUCCAGGCUUCCCUUAGGAUACACCAAGACAUGGAGUUCAAUUUUGCUUUUCUGUGGUUGUGAAUAUAAAUUCUGGAAUUGGGUUUGACGGUGUGAUUGCUCUGACAAGAAGCCAGAACUCCCAUUCCUGAGGGACUUGAGACCGAGGAACAUGCUUCAUCUCCCUUCCUGCCUUGUUCUGUUUCCUCUGUCCAAGUUGAAUAAUGAUAUUCUUGGUUGUUUGGUUUAAGUUGGUGCUCUGAAGCUGAAUCUCAGUGCCCUUUACUCUCAGUUGUCAAAUUUUGAUAAAACGUGCCAUUUUCUUUGGUAAGAGAAAGCAGGUCUAAUGUCUGCCAGAACACAAUUUAUAUGCCGAAUUAUUGGCUCCAUUAAACUUUUUAAAAACUUUAGCAUUGGUUACUUUUUUCCAUUGCAUUCAACAUGUAGUGUCCUUCUCAACUCUGUCCCUUUCCUCUCUGGCCAGAAUAGAGUAACUGAGACCCAUCAGUACAAAGUGAGGUGUUCUCUAAUCUUAGCAUGAGUUGGUCUGCUCUAGUUCAGAAUCUUUUGGAAGUUUUCAUUAGUUACGAUGCAGAACAUCAAAGACCCCACAUACUAGUGUAGUAUUAGACACUGACUUUUUUGUUUUUGUUUUUGUUUUUUGUUUUUUUUUUCUUUUCUUUUUUUUGGACAAGUCUUUUUGUGUAGCUCAUGCUGACUUACAACAUUUGAUCCUCCUGUUUCAGUUGCCUGAGUGCUACGGUUUACUGGCAUGGUGCUUGCUUGGCCUUUUCAGCCAAUCAGGAACAGAACGGGCUACUCUUGAAGCUAAGCACUUGAGCAUGGGGAACAGAGUCUGAUUCUUAACACAGUUCAUUAGUCUUGUCAUUAACUGACAGGAGUAGGCCAGGCCAAGUUCUCCACUGCAGUGUCCUGAAUGUAGCUGAGAGGCUCAAGAACUUUAUUACAAUGCUCAAUAUCUUAGACAGCAAAAUUAGAAUAUCCUCACUGUAGUUUACCUCAUCGAAGUAAUGGCAUACACUUAAACCAUAACCCAAAUAAAUCAUCGAGAAUAU